CACAGGGCGCGAACUCAAAUUCUCUCUAACCUUUAUCCAAGAAAAAUACAUAAUAUUAGAAGUCUCGCUCUGGUUCUGCAAGCAACACCGACAGACACCCAUUCGGCUAUUCCGAUUUCCACCGGGCACCAAAUCGGCAACUGCCUCUGCAAGCGACGAAGCACAAAGGGACGAGGGACGGAUAAGUCCCCGGAGUCCAGGACGAUUUCCGAGCGCAGCCAUCCCGCCACCGCGCCAAGCCUGCACGCCGCCACGUUUCCGGUCCGCUCACUCCACUGAAUCGCUCGGUGCUCGCACUCCUCACAACGCUCGCUGAAGUGCUGAACCAGCUUUGAAUGCAGAAACAUGUCUUCUAAAAAUGAAGAAGGUGUAGGUGGGGGUCAGGAUGCAGCAGAAAGAGUAAAGGCGGCAGCACUAACGGCAGCAAAGGGUUUGAGUCGUGCCCAGGCUGAGCGUGCAGCUGCAGCCGCAGCGCGGAACGUGAAUGCGUAUGGGCAGAAGGAGGAGGGGCCCAGCAGAUGGCAGGAAAGGAAAGAAGCAAAGCGGCAAAUGUAUUUGAUGAGCACUGAGAAACAAGUGAGGUUGGGCGAGAGGAAAGACCUCAAGACUUCAAUGUCCUCUUCCUCCGGUAUUUCCUCUUUUUCUCAGUGUCAAAAGUGUUUCCAGACUGGGCACUGGACGUAUGAGUGCAAGAACGAGAGGGUUUACAUCUCACGACCGUCCCGUACCCAGCAACUGAAAAACCCUAAACUGCGAAUGAGGGGUCCAGUUUCUUAUGAUUUAGAGGACAACCCAAAAGUUUCCGAGAAGAAUAGUAAGAGAAAGCACAAAUCAGACACAGAGUCAGGCAGUGACAGUGAAGCUUCUGUUUUUGAAUCUGAAAGUGGUGGGUCUGCGUCUGGCUCUUCUUCUUCUUCUGGAGGAGGGAGUGAAUCAAGUUCAUCCUCUGACUCGGAGGAAGAGAGGAGGCGGAGGAGGAGGAGCAAGAAGAAGAAGAAGCAGCAGCAUAGGAAAAGAAGACACCGGAAAGACCAGUCGACAACAUCUGAGUCAUCAUCUGAUUCAUACUCGGAGGAUUCAGACUCGGAGGACCGCUCUGCUAGAAAGAAGAGCAGCAAGAGGCGGGAGAGCAGAAGGCGCUGAUGAGCUAUGUUAAGCUGCAAAUGUUUUUCCCACCACAGGAGUAUAUUUCUUCUUUAACUGAGACAUUGUUAUAUGAUACAGCAAGUAUGCAUGCUUGUUUUGUAUGAAUUUCAAGACUCGUUUUUACUCCAUUUUGACCUCGCUGCAAUUUGGAUCAAUUGAAUCUUAUCAUGUGUUUGCUCUUGGCAUGUUUUCCGAAAAUGGACUUACCAAAACGAUGCUCGGUCUUGACAUAUAUAAAUACUAUUUUUUUGAGUGGG